GCAGCCCAAUGUGCAGGAUUCCUUCUUUUGGCUAUUUAUACAUUAUAUUAUACAAUAACAUAUAAAAAUCAAACAUUCAAUAGGAAAUUUGAUCAAGUAUUAAUGACUGUUAGCAUAUUUAUUGGUAUAAUAAUUUCCACUUGGUCAUGGAUUGUUACAGCAAAAUGUCACAAUUAUCUGAAGCAACAAAAUAAUAAUUCCAAUGGAGCGUAUAAUGAUGUCUGCCGACGACGAUUAUUCAAAACCGAUGAUAAAAUAUUUACAUUAAUAGCAUUUCCAAGUUUAUUUCUUUCACUUUUUCUUAUCAUCGCAUCAUCAUAUUUGUUAGCUAUCACGGUGACAGAAGUACGACAUGCUUUAUCAAAUACGGAAGAUGUUAUGCUUCAAGUAAUGGAUUCUGUAUUAGUUUGUCUGAUGCCAACAAAUAUUAUGAAUCGAAUUUGUAUGACAGAUGACAAAAUCAUACCUUGUGAAAAGAAU